AUGCAAAACAAUGCAGAAAGCUUUAAUCCUGCUAAAAUCGAACUACAUAUCACGUCACACAUCCGUACCGUUUACAUCUAUGGUCAGCCGAUCAUUUCGCUGUUUGUUGAAAGUCAAGAACGGCUAUGUCUAGCGCAAAUUUCCAGUACCCUGUUGAAGGACUUUAGCUACAAUGAAAUCCACAAUCGUCGUGUUGCCCUCGGAAUCACCUGCAUCCAGUGUACACCGGUCCAGUUGGAGAUACUGCGCCGAGCUGGCGCGAUGCCCGCCUCAUCUCGCCGCUGCGGAAUGAUUACUCGUCGGGAAGCCGAACGACUCUGCAAGUCGUUCUUCGGUGAAUGCAGUCAGCCCGCGCUUCCGGAAGGAUUCGUAUUCAACGUGUAUCACGAGUGUGCUUGGGGUUGCACCGGAGCAUUUGCUCCGGCUCGCUACAACAGUUCCCGAGCCAAGUGCAUCAAAUGCGCCUACUGUAAUCUGUUUUUCUCACCAAACAAGUUCAUUUUCCACUCGCAUCGAUUGACACCGCACGACAAGUAUAUUCAACCGGAUGCAGCUAAUUUCAACUCCUGGAGGCGCCACCUGAAGUUGCAGGGUUCCCCUCCAAACAAGAUCAUGUAUGCUUGGGAAGACGUCAAAGCCAUGUUCAACGGAGGCACUCGGAAGCGCUACAUUCUGUCUACGGCGAGAAAAUUCAGUGCCGCUGCAGCAGCAGCAGCUGAAAAGUCGCAAGUACUUCUCGAUCCGGGCAAAGAACCGGUAACCUCCACCAUCUGCGAUCUGUCCAGCACAUCGGUAGUCACCAAGAAGGAAGCUACCGAACCGAUGGAGUCCAGCUUCAACAGUGACAGCUGCAGCAGCAGUACCAGCCCCUUCGCACACAUCCCUCAUCUGUUGUCGCAACCGACUACGCUGAGCAGUGCAGUAGCCGGAACCAUGGGAUGUCCCCGUAUCGUCGGUACACCGCCGACACCGACGGCGGUCGUUGCGGCUAGCUCGGCAGCAGCUGCGGCCAACUUCGGCUUUAAGCUGUCCUGUCUGCAGCCGUUCUCAUUUAAUGGGAUAGGUCACUUCCCCGGGAUGGUUCCCAGUUCCAGCUAUCUGGUGCCGUUGUUGCGUCCCACAAAUCCGAAGAGCAUUUCGGCGGCGGCACUGUCCGCGUUCAAACCCGUCGUGAAGGUUAAGAAGAGGUAUAUAGAAUGGUUUGUCUGGCAUAAUGCGUUGAUCACGAACGUUACGCCCGCUGUUAAAAUACCGCCGCAUACUUGGUCUUGGUCCGACUGGCAGGCGCAGCUAGAGGGGGAACUAGGACAAACGGAUGGUGCUCUGGAACCACCGAACGGAAAUGAUACUGCUACGAACGUUGUUGGCCGUCGCCAUCGAAGGAAAUCUAAACGCAUUACCUCGAAGUAA